CCGACUCGAACAGGGCAAAGAAUGUCUUCGGACUUUUUUUGAGCUGGGGGAACCAUUGGCCUGACAAAGAGCCGGGAGCAGCCAGGCCCACACCCCGCGUGGGGCACGGACGCCCCCUGGCGGCACUGCAACCAUGUCCGGGCCGUCGCGCUUAGGGCUAGGGCCGGCCUUGCCAUCUUUUCUCCGGGCAGCGGCCAUCUUGGUGAGGUCAUUGUUUUAGAGUGUAGCUUUUAUCUUCGUCUUUUGUUCAUAAAUAUCUGAAAUGAGCCAAUAACAUGAUAUUCUAAGAAACAUUCUGCUUAGAAAGAAGAACUGGCAACACUGGUUUAGUAUUUUGGCUAAGAGAAAAACUGAUACAGACUCUACCAAGAUGGCGGCACUCGAUAACGUCAUGAGCGGAGCGCCACCAAUAGAUAAGUGCGCAGAUGCGGUGACGUCACCGACACGCGACCAAGCCGGUGCCGGGGGAAGAGCCUGCUGAGGGAUGCCCAAGAAGUUCCAGGGCGAGAACAGCAAGUCGGCCGCUGCCCGAGCACGGAGGGCUGAAGCCAAGGCGGCAGCUGAUGCCAAGAAACAGAAGGAGCUGGAAGAUGCUUACUGGAAGGAUGAGGACAAACACGUGAUGCGGAAGGAGCAGCGCAAGGAGGAGAAGGAGAAGCGACGCCUAGAGCAGCUGGAGCGCAAGAAGGAGACACAGCGCCUGCUGGAGGAGGAGGACUCACGACUCAAAGGCGGCAAGGCCCCACGCGUGGCGCCCGCCAAGGUCACGCGCGCGCAGAUCGAGGACUCACUGCGCAAAGAGCAGCGCGCAGAGCCAGUGGAAAAGGCCAAGAGCCACCUGGAGCUGCCACUGGAGGAGAACCUGAACCGGCGCCUGCAGGAAGAGGGCAGCGUGGAGGCGCGCACAGUAGAAGACGCCAUAGCAGUGCUCAGUGUGGCUGAGGAAGCUGACAGGCAUCCUGAGCGCCGUAUGCGAGCGGCCUUCACCGCAUUUGAGGAGGUGCAGCUGCCACGGUUGAAGCAGGAAAACCCCAACAUGCGGCUCUCACAGCUGAAGCAGCUGCUGAAGAAGGAGUGGUUGCGCUCUCCUGACAACCCGAUGAACCAGCGUGCGCUGCCCUUCAAUGCACCCAAGUGACAGAACCGGGCUGAAUCCAGCUUGUCCAAGUCAGCUCAUCCCUCUUCAGCCUGGCCUGACCAGGGAUUAAUAGAGUUCCGGGUCUGGGGGUCUCCCAGCUGCGCCAUAGGUCACCCUCAACAAACCAGAGGGUCCCCGCUCUGACAUCCUAGCCCUCAUGCAUCCUGCAGAGCCCGGUGGAUUGCCCGCGCAAUAAAGGCUGUGGCGAGGCUGUCUGAA